AAAAGGGAAAAUGGCGUCAUUGUUUGUGUGCACAGUGCAUGGUGCAUCAUAGCGUCAGUAUAGCGAACAUAAUAUUGCGUUUCUUUGGCUUUACUAAAAUUGAUCAUACUAAAAAAAUGAUCAAAACCUGUUUAUAAUCUUCUCAAAUACAACAUCGAAUUUCAAGAUGCAGAGGGAAGAGAAGCAGUUGGAUUCUGCCCUGGAGGCGAUAAUCAUGAGAGUCAAUGAUUUAAAGUCAGCUAUAGCAUCAAUGAUAUUCAAAGUUGAACAUGAAUACGAGACAUUAAAUUGGCCAAAUUUCCUCGAUAAUUUUGCUCUGAUAUCUGGGCAUCUCACAAGCUUGUCUAAAAUCUUGAGCAAUGAAAAAGCUCCCAAUUUGCGAAACUUGACUGUACUUCCACUGCAUUUGAGUCCUGAAAAAGAUGAAGAGUUGCUGAGGAUGACUGAGGGAAGAAUAUCAACAUUUGCCCAUGACUUGGUUCCAGAUUAUUUAAGAACUAAACCAGAUCCUUUAGUUGAAUCAAAAAUGUUAGCAUACGAGGCUAAAGUUGCCAAUUUAACUUAUGAUGCAUCUCAUGACUACAAUAAACAGGUAGCACAGUACAACAAGGUAAUUAAUCAUGUGUGGGAUAUUGCUAAUAAAGCUCGUGAAGAGUGGGAAAGUGAAACUGGUUCCAGAACCACACAAACUCAAACAAGUAGCUCAGCAGACACCCACCUACUUGUCUAUGCAGUUGGCAAUGGAAAAGGUCUUAAGUCUGAUGCUGCACAAAUGGUUCAACCUGGAGUAAAUCAGGUUGGAGGUAACAUGAUGGUUGGAAGACCAGGAGGACAACCACAACAACCAGGACAAGGACCCAUGGUUGGACAAAUGGGGAAAGCUCCAAGUGCUAUUAAAACCAAUAUAAAGGCUGCUUCACAAAUUCAUCCUUAUGGUCGAUAAUAUAGUAUUUUAUACAUAAUUUUAAUACUCCUUUACUGUAGCUAUAACUUGUUAAAUUGUAAAAUAAAUAUAAAUGUUAUUCACGUUUUA